GGAGAUUGGAAUGCUAGGAGGACCACUCGGAUGAUAAAGGAACGCCGUGGAGGUUUUAUUUAUUUACUGUGACAUUUGCGCCCCACGUUGGGCGCCAAUGUCACGCUUAGAGGCUUUAGAAGCCUUAAAAUGAAUAAGUUAGAUUUAACAUUUUUAAAGUUUAUUUCGGCGAUAUCGCUACCGUUACAUAGUAAGUGGGAGUAGGUACUCCACUCUUGCCCCCUGGCAGUGGUUAUUUUAAAUUUGGAAAUUCAUCAAUACAAAUUGAUCUUUAUCAGCCGCACCUUCAACAUUACGAUAUUAUAGGAAAUUACUCUAUCAAAGUAGAUAUUGGUAGCAAUUAACAAAACUCAUUAAUUGUAGACAGAAAAAGGUAUAGCACUUACCAGUUUUUAAUCCAAUAACUAUUAGUAUUGAUUAAAAUCAUAGUAAUUAAAGUUAUGUAUUUCUAAUUCUUCAUUUUAAAUUACAUAAUCUGUAGUCUACUUUUGGACAUCAUAGAUAUCUAACCUCCGUUGCCUCACUUCAUUGAAGUUAGUUAACUACUAGUAUUACUUAUUUGAAAACCGUAGGAGGUGCAUCACGACUAUUAUCUUCUGAAAUAUCCUAAUUUUAUGCUUAAGCUGGCCUGUAGAAUUUCACUAUCAAUUUUGCUUUCAGGUAAAUCGAGAGACUAUGCUAAGCAAUUAAUGCUAAUACUAACCCAAGAGAGAUCUGAGAUAUCGAUAUUCAACGUAUUUAUCCUUGGCUCCCGACUGCCGCUCCAAAUGUUUGCUAUAACAGCCACUUACACCAUUGUACUGCUACAAAUCUCUACUUUGUAAUCAUAAACAUACACUAUACAUAUUAGCUACAGCAAAAUACGAAUCUACUUACAAUGAUUGCUUCUGAGUACAUAUCCAAAAAUAUUCUAGAUACAAAUCUUUACGAAACUUUCUCGCUUGUACGCACCGUGCAAUUUGUGCUUGGAUCAUGUAGAGUCGAUGUCACAGAUCGGUUUGUGUCUUUACCGACUGUAUAUCAAAAGAUACAUACUCUGUUAAUGUUAUUAAUAGUUGCUAUGUUGUAUGUGGCCGUGCACUUCACUUAUUUGUCCAAAUAUACCGUCAACGCCAAUUUGCACAAAGGCGCUGUUUCCACGUUAGUUAUACAUUUCUUGGCCUAUUUGUUUAACAUUAUCCAUGUUCGAUUCGUUAAUAACAUCCGUAACGUUGAAUUUGUUAUCUCCAUGCAAGAACUUGAUCGUUCUAUGAAAUUGGAACAUAAUAAUUCUAUCAAUAGUAUUGUCCGAAAAAUAAGCGUUAUUUCGACAACUCUGCUCACAUUGGGUCUAAUUGCCACUAUUGUCACUGCAACAGUCUUUCUCGCCAUGCCAGUUAUGUUGAUAGUAGUAACAGUAACUCUAAGCGAAGUUACAAACAUCUUGGAUUUAAGUCAUUGCUCUACUCUUAUGGCUUACUACACCAUUCGCAUACGUUUUGUUAACUCUAUAAUCGACAACCACACGACCAGAAUCAGCAAGUAUGACUCAUAUGAUACAAUAAUUUAUUCGAAGAAUUAUAUGCGGGAGUUGGCUGCAAAAACUCACGAUCUCAGAUAUAGUGACACUGAUAUUUAUUUGAAAGAAAUCAUCAAAAGCUUUUCCAAGUUUCGAAGUCUAUACCAAUUCCAGAUGUUAGUGUUUAUCUGCAAAAUGAUAACAGCGGGUGCAAUAUAUCUGCAAGUAGUAACAACCGGGUUACAAUUUAAUUUGAUCGGGAUUUUAGAGUGGAUAACAAUUACAAGUUUCGUACUCAGCAACAUGUGUGUAGCUCUCUUUAUAUGUAUACGAUGCGAAAUAUUCUUAAGGGAAUUUAAAGAGACUAAGCAAUUGUGUCUAUCAGUGAUGUCCGUUUACACGAAUGGUCCUAUCAGAAGAAAAGCCAAGAAAAUGCUUAGAACAAUAGAGACCAACCCUCCUCGAUUCUCUGUAUACGGCAUGUGGGAUAUCGAAGGAAUGUACCUCCUUCACUUAUUUAGUACUAUCACAACUAUGUUUGUAACGGAACUGCAAUUGUUGCUCUUGUAAAGUGUGUUUGCUUUCAAAAUAAAUAUUAUUGUAUUUGAAGAUUAAUUUUAUUACCUACUAA